AAAUAAAGCCGAGACGACGGCGGUGGCGGUGGUGAGCGCGCUGGAGCCCGCGUGGAGAACAUGCGGCGGGGAUGGGAGUGCGCCUAGUCUCGAGGCGGGAGAGCCAGCCGCCCUGCAGCCGGCCGCCGGCCCCGCAGCCACAGAAGCCGAGCCCCGCUGCGGAGCUCCCGGCGGCCCAGCCCCGAGGCUCUGGGGCCGCGCCGCGCGUCCCUGCCAACCGGCACCAUGAACACCAUCGUCUUCAACAAGCUCGGCGGUGCGGUGCUGUUUGAGGAUGGAGGCGCCUCGGAGCGGGAGCGGGGUGGCCGGCCCUACAGCAGUAUACUGGACAGUCCUCACGCCCGCCCCGAGGUGGGCAUUCCCGACGGCCCGCCCCUCAAGGACAACCUCGGCCUGAGACACCGGAGGACCGGCGCCCGGCAGAAUGGCGGGAAGGUGAGGCACAAGCGGCAGGCCCUGCAAGACAUGGCGCGGCCCCUCAAGCAGUGGCUUUACAAGCAUCGUGACAACCCGUACCCCACCAAGACCGAGAAGAUACUCUUGGCCCUCGGCUCGCAGAUGACUCUAGUGCAGGUGUCAAAUUGGUUUGCUAAUGCAAGACGUCGGCUUAAGAAUACUGUUCGACAGCCAGAUUUAAGCUGGGCUUUGAGAAUAAAGUUAUAUAACAAGUAUGUUCAAGGCAAUGCUGAACGGCUUAGCGUAAGCAGUGAUGACUCAUGUUCUGAAGAUGGAGAAAAUCCUCCAAGAACCCACCUGAACGAAGGGGGCUAUAAUACCCCAGUUCACCAUCCCGUGAUUAAAAGUGAGAGUUCGGUCAUCAAAGCAGGAGUGAGGCCAGAGUCACGGGCCAGUGAGGACUAUGUGGCACCCCCCAAAUACAAGAGCAGCUUGUUGAACCGUUACCUUAAUGACUCUUUGAGACAUGUCAUGGCCACGAACACUACCAUGAUGGGAAAAACAAGGCAAAGAAACCACUCGGGAUCUUUUAGCUCCAAUGAAUUUGAGGAAGAAUUAGUGUCUCCAUCGUCAUCAGAAACCGAAGGCAACUUUGUCUAUCGCACAGACACUCUGGAAAACGGAUCCAAUAAGGGUGACAGCGCAGCUAACAGAAAAGGACCAAGCAAGGAUGACACGUAUUGGAAGGAGAUCAACGCAGCUAUGGCCUUAACAAAUCUUGCACAGGGAAAGGACAAACUGCAGGGAACUACCAGCUGCAUCAUCCAGAAGUCGUCCCAUAUAGCAGAAGUAAAGACUGUCAAAGUGCCGCUGGUGCAGCAGUUUUAAGAGCUUGUUGCUUUUCAGAUCCAGUGGAUGUUCUUUCUGGUGUUUUCAUCAACCCUCAUCCUAAGAGCCGAAGCAGGGAUGAAAAUGACUCUCUCCCAAACCUCUUCUUAUUUUUAAUUAUCCCACAUAUAUCAUUUAGUUGCUUCUAUAAAAGACAUAUAAAUUAUAAAAAACUCAUUUUAAUCAAAAAUAUUAACUUAUUUUAUGUUACUCAAACUAUGCAUAAAACGUCUGCAUUACCAUUACAGUAAGUGCCUUGCUUCCCGAAAAUAAGCUCCAACGUGGGCAUAGUUGAACAGCUAUGCCUCAAAAUGCCAACGCCAUAUGCUUAUUAGCCUGUGUGCAUCGUUCCAGACGGGCCUAAUCAUUCCAGGACUGAAACCAGAAUCGCUGAAAGCCCUUGAAAUACAUUCAAUAAUUCAUAUGUUAAAACUUGGAUAUCUGUUCAACUCAAAUGAAAUCUUCCUUUUAAAAAAAGUCUACAGUAUUGAAAAUUGUUCAAUGUGCUUUUCAGAGUGAUAGUGAGAAUUUUAUGCAUGUAUCUUGCCUGCAUAUUUGAUAUGUUACAAACUUCCAAAAUUCAAGGUGCAGCGAUCCACAUAAUGUUGUACAUUUAAGAAGUGAUUCCUUCAAGCUAAUUUAAAAUUUCAAUGAACACAUGGUGACCAGGAAAACUUUUUUUCAAGCACUGUUGGAAAGCACCACAAAGCCCUUUAGAAUUAAUCUGGAUUUGUUUCUCAAGUUCUGCUGAAGUUUAAAAAAAAUCUUUAUUAUACAAAUAACUCAAAAUUUUCCUGUGUAAUACUAAACCUGUAGUUUUAAAACAUAAUCCUGUUUGCAUUAGAGCUCACUGUUUUUUUGUGAUGGAAACUGUGUUCAUAUGGAAUGACUAAAAAUCUUUUAUUUGGUUCGUUUCAAAUUACAAUUGCUGAUGGACAAUUUGUAUUGCAGCGAGAACAACAGAAUGAAAGAAAUGUAUCUCUGUGCGGCUAUACAUAUACAUACAUAAAAUUGAUUUUUAAAUUUAAAACAUAUGGAAAACAAAACAUUGAACAGUUUGAAUUUUGCCAAGUUGGACAUUAAAGUAAAAAUGAAGUGAAAUCAUGCAUUGAAAGAAAACAUUUUGUUUCUAAAUUAGACUACCAUUGAGUGAGAAUAAUCAAUAUCAAGAAAGAAGACUGUCUUUCUCAACUAAACAAUAAUAUUCUAAUCAGCUUGGGAAGACUUGAAACUUGAAUAAACAGUGGAAAUGCCAAAUAUAACAGAGGGUAUGUGCUACAGAGAAGUAAAAGGGUUUGACUCUUUUAUGAUGGGAUUUUUUUUUCUGGGUAUGUAAUCUAUUUUUUUUUUUAACUGGAAAGCAUUUUUGUCAGUGUGAAUGAGGGUCAAUAGUGCAGCCAAGUGGUGACAUUUUUCUUUAUUUUGCAAAAUGCUUUUAAAACCAAAGGCUGCUCUAGUUGACAGACAGUAUCAGUCUUGAUCUACAUUGUAGGACACGUUUUCAUGUAACAUAACAUUUGGGGAUUGGGUUUAUUUAGUGUAAUGAAGAUAAUUUGAUAUAAAAAUAUUUUGUGUAUAUAUAUAUUUUUACUUUGUUUUCUAAAUUGCUGUUUGCAGUAACAGUAAGCGCAAAGCAAAAUAUAUAAGUUAUGACUGUAUGAUCAGAUGAAGUAUGAGUUCUUUUGGUUUGCAUCCUUAAAUAGUUAGAGAUCGCUAAUAAAAACUUUGGAAUCUUUGCAAAACAAUACAAAAAUGCCAAAAUGUGAGCAUGUCAAUGAAAACUAAAGACAAAUACUUCACUCUUUUUCAUACUAUUAUAAGUUAUUCUGGUAUUAAAUAUGUUAAUAAAAGUGUUUUGGUUUUGACAUAUUUCAGUUAAAUGAAUGAAUGCUGGUUGUAUUUUAUUUGAACGAGUCAUGAUUCAUGUUUGCCAUCUUUUUAAAAAAAUCAGCAAAUUUCUUCUAUGUUAUAAAUUAUAGAUGACAAGGCAAUAUAGGACAACUAUUCACAUGAUUUUUUUUAAUACCAAAGGUUGGAAGAUUUUAUAAUUAACAUGUCAAGAAGACUUUAUAAUAAGCACAUCCUUGGCAAUAUCUCCAAUUGCAAUGACUUUUUAAUUUAUUUUUUCUUUUGCUGCUUUAACAUUUUCUGGAUAUUAAAAUCCCCCCAGUCCUUUCAAAGAAUCUUGAACAAUGCUGAGCCGGCAGCUGAAAAUCUAACUCAUAAUUUAUGUUGUAGAGAAAUAGAAUUACCUCUAUUCUUUGUUUUGCCAUAUGUAAUCAUUUUAAUAAAAUUAAUAACUGCCAGGAGUUCUUGACAGAUUUAAAAUAAAAGUUAAUUUCUAGACCUCGA